AUGGAUUAGCAUAAACUGUAAUUCAAAGAGGAUCAAAUAAUGAAAGUAAUUAAUUUAAAAUAUUAUUUAGCCUUAUAAAUAAGAAAGAUUUAAUAUUAAAUAAUUUUAAAGAGAAUUAGAAAUUAAUAUUCUCUCUAAAACAGAUGAAAAAAUAGUUUUUGAAAUGAUAAAUAUUGAUGCUCCUAUUGCUAAUUCUUUAAGAAGGAUAAUGAUCGCAGAAGUAUAUUUAAAUGUAAUUAAAGAUUCCAACAAUGGCAAUUCAUAAGGUUUAAGUAAUCUAAAAUACAAGUAUUAUACCAGAUGAGGUCCUAGCACAUAGAUUAGGGUAUUUAAAAAUAAAACAUAAUAGAUUAAUUCCUAUUAUAGCAGAUCCUUUGUAAUUCAUAGAAAAAGAUGAUUAAGAAGAAUAUAAUGAGUUAAAUUCAAUUGAUUUUACAUUAUUUGCAAAAUGUGAGAAAAAACCAAAUUGUAAACAAGAUGAUCCUAUUGAAAAUCAAUACACUAAUACAACAGUAUAUUCAAGCAGUUUAAUUUGGUAACCAAAAGGAUAAUAAGCAAAAUUAUUUGCUGCCAAUCCUAUUCGUCCUGUUCAUUCCAAUAUAAUCAUAGCUAAAUUGAGAGAAAAUCAAGAACUUAAUUUAAAAUUGAUUUGUGAGAAAGGUGUAGGUAAAAGACAUGCUAAAUGGUAUUUUAUAAAUAUUUAUUAAAUUAUAGGUCUCCUGUCUGUACAGCAUUCUAUAAAUUAAUGCCAUCUAUUACAAUCAAAAAUUAAUUAGAUCCUUAAAGAUAAGAAAAGUUGCUAUCUCUAUGUCCAAUGAAAGUAUUUGGAAUAAAAGGAAAUUAAAUUAAAGUUGUUAAUCCAAGAAAUUGUACUACUUGUAGAGAAUGUAUUAGAGAAGCUAAUGGAUUUGACAAGGACAUAGAAUUAAAUAAAAUAGACAAUCACUUUAUUUGUAAUCAUAAUUAAAAUUAAGUUUAGUCUCUAUUGAAAGUGUAGGAUAGUAUGAAGCUAAAGAUAUUAUGUUACAAGCAAUUGAUAUUUUUAGAUCAAAAGUAUAAUUGUACAUUAAAGAAUGA